GGCAAAGUUGUAGUGACAAUUUCAAUGCAAUUACAAGAUGUCAUUGAUGCUGACAAAAAUAAACCGAUUAAUAAUAAAAAAGGCAAUUUAUUAAUUGAAUUACACGACACUGGCAUUGGCAUUGAUCCAGGAUAUAUAAAACACGCAUGGCAAAGUUAUUCACAAGGUGACAUGUCAAUGACUAAAGCACAAGAUGGUACAGGACUUGGGCUCUCGAUUUGUAAAAGUUUAGUAGAAAUUAAUGGAGGAGAAAUUAAAGCAGAAAGUCAAUUAGGAAAAGGAA